GACUGCCCGUCGGAUCGGCCCCAAUGUGGUUUACACGGGGCAAGGGAAAACCAAGGCACGUCUGCAGGGGUACACGAUGUUCCAAAACAUGACGCAGGUCCACGCAUGUCCGGACCCGACCACGGGGGACGCCCCGGCCCCGGGGGAGAUGCCCGCCUGCGACAUCUAUCAGGCGGACUGGACCAACAGGUCGGCCGUUCGGCAUGGGUACCUCCCGCAGUGGGGAAGCGCGGCUGCCAACGAGGUUCGAGGUACGGACGGGAGCUUGUUCGCGCACCCCUUAACGGGCCAGGAGACGGUCGUCACUUUUCAGGAGGAUUAUCGACGGUGGAUCGAGAUGGUGUACGUGGGAGAGGUGCAUGAUUUCCACGGGGUUUCGCUGCGUCGUUAUGUCUUCAGCCAGGAGGAUUUUCGGAAUGACUCGGUCAUGUCGGCAGACUGGUACCAAGACAAUCUGCCGACGGGGUUGUCAAACUUGACGCUCAUGGGCGGUUUUCCAUUGUUCUUGAGCAAGCCCCAUUUCCUGGAGGCGGACCCGAGCGUGCAGCAGGCAGUGGAAGGAUUGGAUCCAGACCCAGAGUCGCACUUGACCUUUAUCGAUGCGGAAGAGCGCAGCGGGGUCACGUUUCGGACCCACAAGCGUGUCCAGUUGAAUGCGGGCUUGAAGCGACUCCGAUUCCCGUCCUUGUCUCGCAUCGAAGCUUUGUCGUUGGCGACCAUCCUGCAGAGGGACUUGAAUGAGGCAGAAACACGAUGUGUGCGUGAGGAAGUGACAUGGGACUUUGGCCUGCCCGCGGAGGGGGAUGAACACAUGCUCUUCUUGCCGAUGGUUAGGUACGAUGAAGGCUUCGAAAUGCCUGCAUCUUUCGUCAAGGAUUUCAAAAAGCAAGUUCUUGGGAGCACAAGCGCCGCAAAAACUGUACAGGUGGCGGGUCCUUUGUUUGCAGUCUUAUUAGCGUUGAUCGGAGUGAUAAUCAUCAUGAGAGGAAGGCGAAACGAGCAAGAGCUCGCACGUCGGCGGACACACCGAUACAGUACCAUACACGAGGGGGAUAUAAUGGUGUGAAGAAGAUGCGAACAUGUGCACAGACGUUGGCGGAUGAAAUCAGUAAAAGGGCCAUCAACGUGACGAUGUAAGAUUGGUUAUUGAUCACAGGGGCGCCUCAGACAGGAAGCAACAUACAGC